CAGCUGAUUUCAAUUUCUCAAUUGUGCGCGGACACACGAGACACGACACAGUCUAAAUCUGUUGUUACGUUGCUUGAAAGUCCAAUUAUAAUUAAGUCAAGUACUUAUAAUUUUAUAAACCUGUUAUAAACUUCUCAUGGGUGGAAGAGGACGAGGGAGAGGAAAUGCGGUUUCCUUUAACAUUGAGCAAUUGGGAUUUGGUAGAGGUGAAGCAGGUCCAGUUUCUGUUACUCAACCUCCUCCACUAUUCCCCUCUCUAGAAAACAGGCCUCUUCCAUUAAUUAAAGAUGUGGAAAAUGAGUAUAUACUGGUUACCCAAAAGGAUUUGAGCACAAGAAUGAGGAACUCACCGUUUUACUUGAAACACUCAGAAAAAAUCAAUAGCACAUCUUAUGAAAAAGAGCUACCUGUUCUCUGGAAUCGAAUGCCUGCUGAACUUAGGGAUGAUACUUUCACUAAGAGGUUAGCAACUGGCAAGUCUAAAGUCACUCUGAAUGCUAAAAGGAAGAAAGUUGAAGACCCUGAUAAAAUUUUUGCCAAGCUUGAAAAGAAAGAAAGAAAUGAAAGUGAAGGGGAUGGGGAUGGAGAUGGGAAAGAAGAUGAAGACGAUCAAGAUAAAUCAGAUGAUGAGAAAGUGGAAAUGGAAGAUGAUGUUGUGGAAGAUGAAGAUGAAGAAAUGGAUAAAGAUACAGACUAUGCUAAUAAUUAUUUUGAAAACGGUGAAGGUUAUUUGGAUGAUGAAGAAGGCCAAGAUGAUGGAGAAGCCCAGUUCUAGCAACUGUAAUCACUUCCUAUGCAAAACUCAGGCAAACUGAAAUACAAGUUAUUAUUUUUUGUAA